AUGGAACAGUCCAACAAGGAGCACAGGAAGAAGAGCGAAAAGGCUACGGCCAAGAAAAAACUGCACACGCAGGGCCACAAUGCCAAGGCGUUCGCAGUGGCAGCUCCAGGAAAAAUGGCCAGGACCAUGCAGCGUUCGAGCGACGUGAACGAGCGUAAGCUCCACGUCCCCAUGGUAGAUCGGACACCAGAAGAUGAUCCUCCACCCGUGAUUGUCGCCGUAGUGGGGCCUCCCGGGACCGGUAAAACAACCCUCAUCAAGUCCCUUGUGAGAAGAAUGACCAAAUCGUCGCUUACCGAGGUCAACGGACCUAUUACGGUGGUUUCUGGUAAGAGAAGAAGACUCACCUUUCUUGAGUGUCCUGCCGAUGACCUCAACGCCAUGGUCGAUGUGGCCAAAGUGGCAGACUUGGUGCUCUUGAUGAUGGACGGUAACUUCGGUUUCGAAAUGGAGACCAUGGAAUUUCUAAAUCUGGCCCAGCACCACGGUAUGCCGCGUGUCCUAGGUGUGGCCACGCAUCUUGAUCUAUUCAAGUCUCAGUCCACUCUAAGGGCUUCCAAGAAAAGGCUAAAACACAGAUUCUGGACCGAAGUAUACCAAGGUGCCAAGCUGUUUUAUCUUUCAGGUGUCAUAAAUGGUCGUUAUCCAGACCGUGAAAUCCUGAAUUUAUCGCGUUUUAUCUCCGUUAUGAAAUUCAGACCAUUGAAAUGGAGAAACGAACAUCCGUACCUGCUUGCCGACCGGUUGACCGACAUUACGCACCCGCAAUUGUUGGAAAGCAAGGGCAAACACAUUGACAGAAAGGUUGCCUUAUACGGAUAUUUGCAUGGUUCUGCUUUGCCCUCCGUAGCUGGAGCCCGCGUUCACCUGGCAGGUGUGGGUGAUUACUCCAUAUCGCAUGUUGAAAAACUGCCUGAUCCUUGCCCUACUCCUUACUUUCAGCAAAAACAAGAUGAAUACGAGCGAGAAAAGAUGAAGGAAGAAGGAGCUGCUAGCACUGGUGCUCCUCGUAGACGUAAGAGGCUAGACGACAAGCAAAAGCUAAUCUAUGCUCCCAUGUCCGAUGUGGGAGGUGUACUUAUGGAUAAAGACGCAGUAUUCAUUGACGUUGGUACUAAAAACGGUGAAGGCGCCAGUUUCGUGCCCGGUCAGGAAAAAGGUGAAGGCGAAAAGCUAGUGACCAGUUUGCAGUCAGCUGAAAGAAGCAUUGCCGAAAGUUUCGAUGGCGUAGGAUUGCAACUUUUCAGCAAUGGGCAAGAAUUGCAUGCCGGAGAUGAAGAGGCCGAAAGUUUCUCAAGUGAUGGUGACGUCAGCGAUCAAAGCGCCAAUGGAGGUAGACAAAAUUUAAGGAAACCCAGAAUUUAUGGCAAGUCUGUUCAAGAGGCGGAUGCGGACGUUGAUGGUUUAGUAUCUGAUGACGAUGAAGAAUUUGAAGAUUUUGACGGCGAGGGUGACCACCAAAGGCGCAUGGUUGAGGUCGACUUUCCUGCUGAAAACGGCGACUUAGUCGAGGCUCAAACUGACUCUGAGUUUGAACUGUCAGAUCACGAGAACGAUAUAUGGACUAGGAGCACAGCCUCCAAGCUCGAAGGCUCGAAGGCUAGACGUAGAAAGUGGGAUAUUGGAAAGCUAAUCUACAUGGAUAACAUCACUCCAUCAGACUGUCUGAAAAGGUGGAGAGGUGAAGAAGAGGAUGAAGAUGAAAAUCGUAGCGAUGCCGAAGAGGAUGAAGAGUUUUUCCAGCAAAAGGACAGAUCGGCAGGUACAACAUCCGGAGUGGAUGACGAUCUAGAAAAAUUCAAACCCCAUUUCGAAACGUUUAAAAAAUUGAUUGCCAAAUGGCCCGACAUGGAACAAAUCAAGAACAGAUUUGUGGGUUCGUCGACUUUGCGCUCUGAAAAGCAAGGUAACGACGACGACGACGCCGACGGCGCCGACGAGGAUGAAGCCUAUGGUGACUUUGAAGAUUUAGAGGCAUAUGAGGGCCAAGAGUCCGAAGGUGAGAAUGAUAGUGCUCAAUCAUCACACAAUGAUUCGGACGACAAUGGAAGCGACGGUUCAUUUGCUGACUUUGAACAAGAAGAGAAAAAGGAUCUCACCACCGAACAGGAAAGAGAACGCAACGCUGCUAAAAAGGAAAGCUUGCGCUUGCAGUUUGAAAUGGAAGAGGGCGAUAAUUUCAAAGAGGACGAUCCAAACAACGAGUACGAUACAUGGUACGAGUUGCAAAAGGCAAAGAUGGCCAAGCAAAACGAAAUCAACAACGCCGAACUUGAAUCAAUGACACCAGAACAGCGUCAAAAGAUAGAAGGGUUUAGAGCUGGUUCUUAUGUGCGGAUCGUCUUCGAAAACCUGCCAAUGGAAUUCGUUGAAAACUUCAACCCCAAGUAUCCUAUCAUCAUGGGUGGUUUGCUGCCUGCAGAGAUGAAAUUCGGUAUCAUAAAAGCCAGAAUAAGAAGACAUCGUUGGCACAAAAAGAUUCUAAAAACCAACGACCCGCUCGUGCUGUCAUUGGGCUGGAGAAGAUUCCAAACGCUACCCAUAUACACCACAAGUGAUUCGCGGACAAGAAAUAGAAUGCUCAAAUAUACUCCGGAGCAUUCUUAUUGUUUUGCCAGUUUCUAUGGACCUUUAUGCUCUCCAAAUACCACAUUUUGUGGUAUCCAGGUUGUAGCAAAUAGUGACACGACCGGGAAUUUUAGAAUUGCCGCCACUGGUAUUGUGGAAGAGAUUGAUGCCAGCGUCGAAAUUGUCAAAAAAUUGAAGCUCGUGGGAUAUCCUUACAAAAUUUUCAGAAAUACUGCUUUCAUCAAAGAUAUGUUCUCGAGUGCCAUGGAAGUCGCAAGAUUCGAAGGUGCGCAGAUCAAGACCGUAUCGGGUAUUAGAGGUGAAAUCAAAAGAGCCCUGUCGAAACCGGAAGGGCAUUUCAGAGCAACGUUUGAGGACAAGAUUCUUUUGAGUGAUGUCAUUGUCUUGAGAAGUUGGUACCCAGUUCACAUAAAGAAGUUUUACAACCCGGUUACCUCGUUGUUGUUGCAGAACAAGACAGAAUGGAAAGGUUUGAGACUCACGGGUCAGAUCAGAGCCGCCAUGGAUAUUGAAACGCCAAUGAACCCUGAUAGUGCCUACACAAAGGUGGAGCGUCCGGAAAGACGUUUCAACGGUUUGAAGAUCCCAACCUCUAUUCAGAAGGCUCUGCCAUUCAAAUCGCAAGUACAUCAAAUGAAGCCUCAGAAAAAGAAAACCUAUAUGGCCAAAAGAGCCGUUGUAUUGGGCGGUGAGGAGAAGAAAGCUCGGUCAUUCAUGCAGAAGGUCUUCACGAUAUCGAAUGCCAAGGAUGAGAAGAAGAAAGCCAAGAAUCAAGAUGCUCGGAAGGAAAGACUCAAGAAAUUGGCCAAAUUGGAAGAGAUUAAAAUCGAGAAAGACAAAGAGCGUAAGAAGAGAUACUUUUCCGAAAACGGUAGAAAGAGGCAGCAUGCCGAUUCCGGUGCUGAUUCGGGCUCGAACAAACGUAGAUAG